AUGACUCGAUUGCCGCUGAUAUCGAUAAAAGACGCGAAGUUCCGCAUGAUUGGGGCCCUGGCCUCGUCAGGAUCCAACCCUUACAUUUUCCCCAAUCCCAUUUCGCUGACAAUCAACCCGGAUGAGAAAUGGGUCAUCAGUGGACCUCGAAAGUCGCAAUUGAUGUCCAUUCUGGCCGCCAAACAUGUAUCAGAUCCACCUCUGGGCCGGCAGUACCCUUUCCUCAAGAAAAAACGGGUUCCCAGCCAAGUCAUCCAGACGCUGGAGUUCCGAGGAUCAAUCAACAUGGGUCACUUGUCAGCUCGAUAUGAGUUCUUCAAGGACGAGUUCGACAUGACUCUCAUCGAGGAGCUCAAGCGAGCCUCCCGUGAUCCCGCAACCGCGAUGGACGACAUUCCCCAGUUGCUGAAGAUGUUGGAGCUGGACCAAAUUGGUGAUCGAUGGUUUGGAGCUCUUUCCAACGGGCAGACCCGGCGAUCUCGAAUCGCCAAGGCUCUCAUGAAGCAUCCCGAGCUUCUGCUCAUCGACGACCCCUUCCUUGGUCUCGAUCCCGGUGCCGCUGACCUUGUCAGCAAUGUCUGCAAGGAAUUGCCUGAGACCAGAGGUACACACGCCAUUCUGGGUCUGAGAUCCCACGAGACGGUCCCCGACUGGAUCACCCACGUGGCUUACGCCGAUAAGUCUGGAAUCGUGGUUGCAGGAGAGAAAUCUCUUUCUGGUGAGCUUCUCGAGAAGGCAAAGACUAAGCAUGACGAAAAGAUCUUUCUCCGAGGAGAACGAGCCAAACAGGCCCGGGAGAAACUGGCCUCUGAUCAGGACGCCCCCUCUGUACUGACCAUGAACUCCGUGGAUGUAACUUACUCCGGAAAGCCUGUUCUCUCCAGCCUGUCGUGGGACGUCAAGCCUGGACAAAAGUGGCAUCUGCGAGGAGUCAAUGGAGCUGGAAAAUCUACUCUCCUAUCUCUGAUCACAGCUGACCACCCUCAGUCCUGGAACGAGAAGAUUGUCAUGUGCGGAACUCCUCGAGAAGUUGGAAACCACUCUUACUUCUCUAUCAAUAAUAGAAUUGGCCAUACCUCUCCCGAAAUCCACGCUCUGUUCCCCAAGACUCAGACCGUGACUGAAGCUAUUGACACGGGGUACAUUGUUGGAAGUAACAUUCCUCCCAAGAACCUCACUCCCGAGCAGAAAGAGAAGCGAGAUAGUCUUAUUUCGCACUUUGAGCUUGACGCUGAGCGAGACACGCCCUUCAACGACCUGACUGUUAGCCAGCAGAAGGUGGUUCUCUUCAUCAGAGCUGUCAUCAAAAACCCAGACAUUCUGAUUCUCGAUGAGGCUCUUUCUGGUAUGGACGACGACGCUGUCGAUCUCUGUAAGGAGAUGAUGGAGUCUUGGCCUGGCUCUGUGAUUGCCGUUGCUCAUCUGGACGAAGAGCUCCCCAGCUGCACCCAUUAUAUCCAGCUCAAGCCCAACGCUGAGCCUGCCGAAACCGGCCAGCUGUAA